AUGCACAUUUCGCAUGUGGUGUUGCUCUUGGCCCUUCUGGUCCUCGGCCACUCUUCACCUGCUGUAGAUAAGACGUGGGAGGAGUGGAGAGUCAAUAAUCGCAGGGUUUAUGACAACGAGAUGGAGAGCAGCUUCAGGAGAACGGUGUGGCAGAAGAACGUGAACUUGGUGCUGAGACACAACCAGGAGGCGUCAGCAGGAAAACACACCUUCACUUUGGGACUGAACCACCUGGCGGACAUGACAGCCGAGGAGAUCAACGAGAGGCUGAACGGUCUGAGGCCGGAGGAGCUGCUUCUUCUCAGGAACGACACGUUCAAGAGAGCGAGCGGCUCAGCGACGCCUCCGAGUGUUGACUGGAGGAAGGAGGGCCUGGUCAGUGCUGUGCAGAACCAAGGCUUAUGUGGGUCGUGCUGGGCCUUCAGCUCUCUGGGGGCUCUCGAGGGACAGAUAGCGAAGCGAACCGGCGUCCUCGUCCCCCUGAGUCCACAGAACCUGCUGGACUGCAGCACCACCGACGGUAACCAUGGCUGCAGAGGAGGAUACAUCUCGAAAGCCUUCACAUACGUCAUCCGCAAUGGAGGCGUCGACUCCGAGAGAUAUUACCCCUACGAACACCAGAACGGGAAAUGUCGUUACUCUGAGAAAGGAAAAGCUGGAUUCUGCUCUAAUUUUCACGUCCUGCCACAAGGAGACGAGCGCGCUCUGCAGGAAGUGACGGCCUCAGUGGGACCUGUCGCUGUGGCUGUGAACGCCGUGCUGCCGUCGUUCCACCUGUACAGAGGAGGUUUAUACAACGUCCCGAACUGCAACCCGAGGUUUAUAAAUCACGCCGUCCUGGUUGUGGGAUACGGCACCGACAAUGGACAAGACUACUGGCUGGUGAAAAACAGUUGGGGAGCUGGGUGGGGAGAGGAAGGCUUCAUCCGAAUAGCGAGGAACAAGAAGAACCUCUGCGGCAUUGCCAGCUUUGCAGUUUAUCCAACUCUGUGA